AUAUUUAAUUGUUCAAUAUGUCAUAUAGGAUAUACCCUUCUGUCAUUUUCGAGUUUUUGUUGCACAAUUGAAGAGUGAUGGCAAUGGAAUGUUAUUUUACUUGGUUACGCAAAGAAGCAAGCCAGCACUAGGUUUGAUUAAUUGGAGCAGGAGGGUUACUCUGAUGACUUGUUUCUUUAAUCUUUUCAGAAAGAAAGGAUCUUCCUCAGGCACUCGAUUGACCGGAGUUGAUUUAGAUGUUUCAGAAAUUCAGAAUGUCAAUAUCUACACUUACAGGGAAUUGCGAAGUGCCACCGAAGGUUUUAGUCCUGCAAACAAGAUAGGGCAGGGAGGUUUUGGAGAAGUCUAUAAGGGAAAGCUGAGAAAUGGUUCUCUGGUAGCUAUAAAGGUUUUAUCAGCUGAAUCAAAACAAGGGGUUCGGGAGUUUUUGACAGAAAUCAAGGUGAUCUCUAGUAUAGAGCAUGAGAAUCUAGUUAAGUUGCAUGGAUGUUGUGUGGAAGACAACCACAGGAUUUUGGUAUAUGGCUAUCUCGAGAAUAACAGUCUAGCACAAACACUUAUUGGUGCAGGCCAUAGUAACAUCCAAUUUAGUUGGCCCACAAGAAGGAACAUUUGUGUAGGUGUUGCCAGGGGCCUUGCAUUCCUUCAUGAAGAGGUUCGGCCCCACAUUAUCCAUAGAGACAUAAAAUCAAGCAAUGUACUACUUGACAAAGAUCUCCAGCCAAAAAUUUCAGAUUUUGGGCUUGCAAAGCUUAUCCCACCAAACCUGACCCAUAUCAGUACACGUGUUGCUGGAACAGUUGGUUAUCUUGCUCCUGAAUAUGCAAUCCGAAAUCAAGUCACAAGAAAAUCAGAUGUUUAUAGCUUUGGAGUUCUAUUAUUAGAAAUUGUUAGUGGGAGGCCUAACACAAAUAGACGUUUACCUGUCGAAGAACGGUAUCUUCUCACAAGGGCUUGGGAUUUUUAUGAGGCUGGAGAGACAGAAAAAUUGGUGGAUGCUUUUCUAGAUGGAAACUUCAAUGUUGAGGAGGCAAUCAGAUUUUGUAAGAUUGCUCUCCUUUGCACGCAGGAUUCUCCUCAGCUCCGACCCUCUAUGUCCAUUGUGCUUGAAAUGCUUUUAGGUGUAAAAGAUGUGAAUGAGGAGAAUGUGACAAAACCAGGCAUGAUAUUUGAAUUUGUGGAAGCCAAAAGUGCAUGGAAACAAAAUGGCAACUCUGAAGAGAAUGGUAAACUUAUGUUGGCUGAAGGGAAGCAAGAUGAGUCAUCUUCUUCCGAAACCAUGACCUCUUUUGCUACCAUGACCUUCACAGCAAUAUGUGAUCGAAGUAAUUAAUUUGAUUGUCACUAGAUAGCCUUGAUUCUCCCACCUUAUUCUGAAGCAGCCAAUCUUUGUUGUCUUUUUUGGCUACAAAGCAGAGUGUAAAUUUUUUGUCUAAUAUUUUCUUCUAAUUCUAUAUUAAUCAGUGAUCAAUGAGUUCAAUUUGUAAUUCAUUGGUCGGGCAAACUUUUUGUAAGAAAUUAGUGUCUUUGAUCUAUGUAGGCCAUAUACCAUAGUAUUUUGAAU